CCCCCACCCACGCCCACCUACCUGCCACCUCCGCCCCGUACCACGCCAUAAACGCAAAUCACAUCACCACCUCGCUUUCGGCCGGUCACUGCUUCGCCUCAUGCGCAGGCGCUAAUCGCCCCCGAGACGGUCACUGCCGUUCCAGAGGCGGCAGGGCCGGCAGCCAGCUUCGCCAGCCACGCGCCCCUCCUCGGUCCUUCCGGCCGACGGUUUGUCACCUUGCUGCAAUUCGGCGGCCAAACACUCCCGGAUUCGCGUCGGACGCCCGAUUCGAGCUGGACUCUGAAAAAGGCCGUCCGUUUCUUUCUCUCUCUCUGUUAGUUAUAGCUUGCGUCGCGUAAUCCAGCCAUCCCCGUCUCUUCUCUGGAACGAGUCAAGUCGGGGUAUGUAGCUUGCGCACCUGCGCUUGCCUUGCUUGCGGCCAGAGUGGAAGAGGAGGUAAAGGCAAUGGGCGGAGCAGAGGGGCCGCGCGCGGGCCACCCGAACGGGCACGCGAACGGGGCCGUGGAGGAGAAGCUGGACGAGCUACGGCGGCAGCUGGGGAAGGCGGACGGCGAUCCGCUCCGGAUCGUCGGCAUCGGGGCGGGCGCCUGGGGCAGUGUCUUCUGCGCGCUGCUGCAGGAUGCGUACGGCCACCUCCGCGACAAGGCGCAGGUCCGCAUCUGGCGCCGCCCGGGCCGCGCCGUCGACCGCGCCACCGCCGAGCACCUCUUCGAGAUCAUCAACGCGCGCGAGGACGUCCUGCGACGCCUGAUCCGGCGCUGCGCAUACCUCAAGUACGUCGAGGGCCGCCUCGGCGACCGCACGCUCUACGCCGAUGAGAUACUCAGGGACGGGUUCUGCCUCAACAUGAUCGACACGCCGCUGUGCCCGCUCAAGGUCGUCACCAACCUUCAGGAGGCCGUCUGGGACGCCGACAUUGUCAUCAACGGGCUGCCCUCCACCGAGACCAGGGAGGUGUUCGGGGAGAUUGGGAGGUACUGGAAGGAGAGGAUUACUGCCCCGAUCAUCAUCUCACUGGCCAAGGGGAUAGAGGCCUCCCUGGAUCCAGUGCCACGGAUCAUAACUCCGACACAGAUGAUUAGCAAUGCAACUGGGGUUCCAUUGGAGAACAUUCUAUAUCUUGGUGGCCCUAAUAUCGCUUCUGAAAUUUACAACAAAGAAUAUGCAAAUGCACGUAUUUGUGGAGCCGACAAAUGGAGGAAACCUCUUGCGAAGUUACUGAGGCAGCCUCAUUUUAUUGUGUGGGAUAAUAGUGACCUCAUCACUCAUGAGGUCAUGGGAGGCUUAAAAAAUGUAUAUGCAAUCGGUGCUGGUAUGGUUGCAGCGCUAACCAAUGAGAGUGCAACCAGCAAAUCCGUUUACUUUGCACUUUGCACAUCUGAGAUGAUCUACAUCACACACCUUCUGGAAGAAGAACCUGAAAAACUUGCAGGACCGCUGUUAGCUGACACUUAUGUCACAUUAUUGAAAGGUCGUAAUGCAUGGUAUGGGCAUAAGUUAGCUAAAGGGGAAUUGACAUUGGAAAUGGGUGACAGCAUAAAAGGAAAAGGGACCAUUCAGGGUGUCUCUGCAGUUGAUGCGUUUUACGAGCUUCUUAGUCAGGAUAGCUUAAGUGUGAUGCAUCCAGAAGGCAACAGAUCUGUUGCGCCAGUAGAGAUGUGCCCAAUCCUAAAAGCGCUAUAUAGAAUUUUGAUCAAGAGGGAACUUCCUGCUGAGUCGAUUCUUCAGGCUAUAAGAGACGAGACAAUGUAUGAUCCACGUGAAAGAAUUGAGAUGGCACAAGGCCACUCACUUUACCGACCAUCUCUUCUUGGUCAACCAAAAGGAGAUGCAACAGCCUAGACAGACUCAUUUUUUCUUUUUUUAGUUCCCUUAUUGGUUAGAAUUUCGACGUAAGAUCUAUGUGGCUAUGUGCUCUUAUGCAUGUUGUGUUGUUGUUGUUGUUGUAACAUUACUAAACCUGAGAAGAGAUUUAUUGAGCUUGUUAAGUAGCUUGAUGUGUUUCACGUGGUCCCUUGUGUAUAUAGCCUGUUUGGUGAUUUAAUCACAAUCUUUAUUUGUGUUU